AGAGACAGAAAGAGUUUUAGUGUUUGGAGACUCAGAACAGGAUCAUGCGCUUUUACUCUCUCAUCAGUUCUUUAAUUCUCUCUGUGUUUCUGCUCUUCAUCUCAGGUUCUGAGAGCGUGAGGACACUGAAGCGUUUAACUGUAAGAAGUGGAGGAUCUCUCAGUGUUCCUUGUUUAUAUGAGGAGAAAUACAAAUCAGACAUUAAAUACUGGUGUACCUUAUUUAAGAGUAUUUUCGGUAAUUCAUGUGGAACAACAACCUACGCCAACACAAGUAAUACAGGGAUAUCGGUCACUGAUCAUCCAUCCCAGAAUAUAUGUGCUAUGGAUCUGAACAACCUCCAAGACUCUGACUCUGGAAAUUACUGGUGUGGUAUGGAAAUUGAUGGUCAGGAUGACGGAGAUUCUGUGUAUCUGACGGUCAGUGAAGAUCCUGUUGUGUGGGUGGAGGACACUAGAGUGAUUGGUCAAGAAGGGGGCGGAGUCAGUGUCCAGGGUUUCUACAGCUCUGAAUAUAAUGAUAAAGAGAAGAAGUGGUGCAGAUUUGGAGUCUGGAGCUGCUAUUAUGUGGGGAGAACUAAAACAUCUCAGAGUUUAGAAGUGCUGAUCUCUGACUAUUCACAAGGAUCCUUCAGAGUGGAGAUGUUUGGUCUGCAGAAGAGUGAUGCUGGCUGGUACUGGUUCAGUGCAGGACUUGUGGGAGUUACUGUUCACCUCACCGUCACUGAAAGACCUACAAUGGAGACGUUAACUUCUUCUUCUCGCAAGGACACCAAGACAUCCACGCAAACCGUGGAAACAAGGAACACUUUGGUGAAGACUACGCUUCCUUACUCUGAAAAACCAAUGGAAUCAGUGGAGUUCUGUAUCGCUCAAAACUAAACCUACAAACACUAUAAAACCUGGGAAAAGGCAAAAAUGUGUGAAGCUGAACCACUUUGUAGGUUUUUCACCUAAGAUAAGGAGGCUUUAAAUUAGCGCAGUGGUAAAACUGCAGCAAAAAUGUAUUCCUAUAAUAUAUUUCUUUGACUUUUUUUAUUCUUCUACAAAACAAGCUACUACAAUUCAUAAAACAAACUGGCUUUCAGUCUUUGCUUAGUGGAGUGGUUCUCAAUCAUGAUCCUGAAAACCAC